AUGAAGCAUUUCACCUCCGCUCUGGCUCUCGCCAGCAUCGUCUCCUUGGUCAACGGACAUGGCUUCGUUACCAGCCCCAAAGCCAGACAGCCUGGUACUGCAAUGGAAGCCGCCUGUGGCAAGCAAGUCGUGUCCAACCAAGGCUCUGACAAGUACGGCAACAUCCAAGGCGAGCUCCAAGUUGCAUCCAACCAGAACGACUACAAAGCCGCUGAGUGCGAUAUCUGGCUUUGCAAGGGUUACAAGUUUGACGACAACAAGGACAACGUCUACUCGUACAAGGCAGGACAGAAGGUCGACUUCACCGUCGACAUUCGCGCCCCACACACCGGUAUCGCCAAUGUCUCCGUCGUUGACACUUCUUCCAACACUGUCAUUGGCGCACCUUUGAUCUCCUGGGAUUCCUAUGCAUCCACCGCAACCGGUGUCAAGCCCGAUGAGACCAAAUUCAGCAUCACCAUGCCCGAUAACCUCCAAGACAAGUGUGCCACCGCCGGUGCUUGUGUGCUCCAGUGGUACUGGUUCGCCCAGUCAAUCGACCAGACCUACGAGUCCUGUGUCGACUUCACUCUCGGUGGAUCUGGCUUCAGUGCUGGCUCAGGCCCCGUUCCGUCGCAGAAGGCCUCGUCGGUCGAUAGCGCUACCAAUGUUGGUACUACUACUACUUCGACCGGAACUGUCGCUGCUCAACCCACCACCACCGCUGAUGCCCAAUCCACCACUGCUGCUGCUAAGCCUACUACUACUUUCGCCACUAGCACCCGUCAACCGGCUUCUUCCGCGGCGCCAGUCCCUACCAGCGCCGCAGCUAGCCCCGCUGGUAGUGAUCCCGCCGUACCUUUCCCUACUGAUAGUGCUGCCGAUGUCCUGGCCUGGCUUCAGGCUAUGUUCGGCAACUUGGCGGGCAACUAA